ACAAGUGAAAAAAGCUGAAGAACCAGCAAAAGAGAAGAACGAGACACUAGUGAAAAAACAUGAGGAGCCAGCAGAACUAAAGACAGAUUCCCUAGUGAAAAAACAUGAGGAGCCAGCAGAACUAAAGACAGAAAAACAAAUGAAAAAACUUGAAGAACCAACUAAACCAAAGAAAGAAACACCAGAGACAACGCAAGAAAAAGAGUCUGUAGAAACAAAGAAAGAGACAGAACUGAAAAUACAUAAAGAAUCAUUAAAAGAAAAGAAUGAGACACUAGUGAAAAAGCUUGAGGAGCCAACAGAACUGAAGAGAGAGAAAACAUUGAAAAAACUUGAAGAACCAACAAAACCAAUUAAAGAGGCACCAGAGAAAAAACAAGUUAAAGAAUCUAUUGGACCAAAGAAAGAAUCACUGCAGACAACAGUUCAAAUAAAAGAACAUACAGGACCAAAGAAAGUGCAAGAUGUCUUCAAGGCUGAAAAAUCUGCUAUUGAACAAAAGUCAUCAGCAAAAAAUGUUACUAAAGAGAAAAUUAACAAGAAACAAAAAGCAAAAAUAACAGAGAAAAAAGGUUUAGAAAAGGAAAUAAAACAAGAAGAUGAGGACAUCAUCCCUGAAGAGGAAGGUCUUCUUCACUACAUCCAGAGCACCAUUUAUGAUGGCCUUAACAAACUUAACCAAUUUGGAGAAGGUGUUAUUCAGAACUUAAAGAGUCUCUUCUAUGAUGGUCUUAAUAGGCUCAGUUUGUUUAAAGAAGGUGUUCUCCAGUAUUUCCAGGGUAUCUUCUAUCAUGGGCUUAAUAGGCUUAAUCAGUUGAAAGAAGAUCUUUUUCACUACCUUCAGGAUUUCUUCUAUAAUAGUCUAAAUUGGUUUAAUCAAUUCAGAGAAGAUCUCUUUCAAUACAUCCAGGAUCUCUUCUAUGAGUGCCUUGACAGACUCACCAACUUUGGAAAAGAUCUUUUUCAUUACCUCCAGAAUCUCUUCUAUGAUUGGCUAAACAAGGCUAAUCAGUUCCGAAAAGAUCUUCUUCACUACCUCCAGAAUGUCUUCUCUGAUUGGCUAGACAAGUUUAAUCAGUUUCUAAAAGAUCUACUUGACUACCUCCAGAAUCUCUUCUAUGAUUUUCUAGGCAAGCUCAAUCAAUUUCAAACAGAUCUUGUUAAGUACUUACAAAGUCUCUUCCAUGAUGGUGUAAAUAAACUUACUGGAUUUGGAGAAGGAACUUUCCAUUACUGCCAGAGUCUCUUCUAUGAUGGACUAAAUAAACUUACAGAGUUAAGAGAAGGUCUUCCUGGAUUCUUACAAAAUAUUUUUUUUAAUGCACUGGAUGGACUUAAGCAGCUAGGAGAAGGUAUUCUUAGCUUCUUCCAGAGUCUUUUCUAUGAUGGACUAAAUGAUUAUGGAUUUCCCUUCUUCUCAACCCCAGCCAGUGAGAAACAGUACUCUAACCAACCGCCGGCUGAUGAGGCAAAGACAAGAGCGCAUGGACACUAGACAUGAAUAUACGUGAUAUUUCUUAAUGAAAUAUUUUUUACAGAAAUGACUGAGUGCUCUAGGAACUGGGCACGAGGCAGAGAUGGCUUUUACAUUUGUAAAGGCUAUGAUAAUAAGAAAGGAGAAUGAAAUAUAAGGACAGACAGUCCUUCAUUAUGUGACAAAGUGAGAGAGCCUAAAUAAGAAGUAAAAGCUGCAAACUGCAAGACAGAAUAUUUAUUUCUAUAUUUUGUCACAUAUAAGUACAGGGAAAAUCACCUUGAUCAGAACUGAUGCAACUGAUUUCUUGCAUAAAAUAUUAGGUUUAUUGUGCUAAAAGCAGUGGCAGUAAAUGAAUUAGUACUGUACUUCUCUAGGCAAACUACUGUUGCUUGACAAAAAUACCUACAAUACAGUAUAUGUACUGUACAUAGACUUGCAUACAUUUUAAACACUUGAAGUACUGCAAAAUAAAAAGAUGAAUCUACCAAAAUUCAAUGAAUUGUAAAAUGCGGUGCUUCAUAUCACUGAAAGGUGCCAAGCUGUUGAACAGUUUUUAGGCCAUUCAUGUAUUGCAUUUAACUUAUUGUGACUUGGUAAGCAUGGACGCAUGACCUAAACAAAGGUCUCUCUUUAUAUUAUGCAUACCAAGCAAACUGCAUUAAACACAAAGAGAAAGUGUUACUGAAAUCAUGCACUCUUUGAAAAACAUAUAAAUGGACAAAUAAAGAGAGAUGAAUUGCUCAUAUAUGUUACUGUAUCUGCUAAACAUGCAGAUGUACAACAAACACAUGCAGACAUGCUGUAUAUCGUCUGUACAGGCUGGUUAGCUCUCAUCAUAUUUUAUUUAAUGUAUUCAUAUGUUUAAUACUGUAUAUGUGUGCAUUGAGAUGUACUGAUGGUGGUAAUGGGAAAAUAAACACUAAGAGAUCUUAGACAUUUUAUAGCAUUAGCUAGAUUAUUUUAAAGUAUGUGUGGCUUUGAUGUUUUGUUUCAAAUAAGUUUUGAAAUGCUAUAGUGUACAUAUUUAUACAUAAAUGCCUCUGCUGUAUAAACAUUGUAUGAUUUCAUCCUUUUACUUGCUACUAUAGAAUGUGUAUCAAUUGGUCGCAGACAAGUGACUUUCUAUGAAGCGUGGUCACUGUAAUGAUAAUGAAAAUACUACAGUAGAUGGCACAGUAAAUCUUCUUGAACCAGUCUUUAUUAUUUACACUCAUCUUCGUGUGUGUGUGUGUGUGUGUGUGUGUGUGUGUGUGUGUGUGUGUGUGUGUGUGUGUAUUGUUAGCUUCUAAUUGAUUGCUAUUUCAGGUACAGUGAGACAGCUGUAGGGUACAUACUGUACAGGCCUGGACCCCUGUGGCAUCCUCUUAGUACCAAGGAUUAAUUAAUUUUCGGUGGACCUGACUAUUAUUGUUUUUUUGACACCAGAAAGUCCAUGAUUUUAUAUUCUGAUGCAACUAUAGUUGUAAUUAUGUAUUCAAUUUUAACCCAUACUGUCAGAUAAAGGAACAAACAAAGUACAUUUUAACAAAUAUUACAAAAAGUUGCACUGCUCUCCACUAUACAUUUCAGCAAGUACAGUACAUUAACAGGUUAUAAAUUGAAUUUACAUUUGCAUACAUUUGAAUUUAUCUGCUUUAAUGUAGUGUGUUAAUUAACAGGUUUAUUUAAUGAUUUGGAGGCUCAAUGUAUUUUCCUGAGAGAAGAAGGCAGUGGGGAAAACAUAAUGUCUAUUAGUGCAUCUAUCUGCCGUUUGGGCAGUAUAAUUAUGCUGGAUGAGAACAGUAGCAUUGAGUAGAAUAGCAGUUUCACCAGAUGGGUCACUCAGUAAACCUGACUGAGUAUUCAGUCAGCUGAAUGAAUCUGCUUUCAGACAGCUGCUCCUUCCCCUCCUCUCUGACUGAGCCCCAGUAGAAUAAAGUGGAAGCACUCUAGUGUGUUUGAUCACUUCACAAUGUAACACAUACUCUUAUUACAGUCCAAUUAAUAUACCAACAGACUAGUUAUAUGUAUGCAGUUUAAAAUAACAUCAAUAACUCCUUCUAUCAGGCAAAAUAUGCAAAUCAGCAGAGUAGCUUUAAUAGAGUAAAGGCACAAAAACAACAAUCAUACUGUAAAUAAAUAAAUUAUGCUACAGUAUGCUAAUUUAUGUUAUAUUAUGGACUGAAUAUACAGUAGAUUCUGAGAACUUUGUUUAAACUUCUGUAGCUACUGCACACAGCCUCACAACUACUGCAGUGAUUUUCAAUAGAGAUAUAAUGGUGUUUCCAAAGCAAAUUGGGAAUGCUAUUAUUAUAGUCUAUAGGGUUGUACACACUUAACUAAAUUCAAAUGUGCUUUAUUUAAAAGCAAAUUAGCAAUUACCAUUCAGUGUAUAUGUUGUAUGUUUUCUAUAUACAGCUGUAGUGAAGAUAUGACAGUCAUCAUCAUCAACUUACAUUUUAAAACUAGAACUUGAAACCAUAUUCUAAGAAACAUUUUACUACAUCGGACCCCCAGCCUGCCACCCCCAACCCAUACGCAUACUGUAUUCAUAAGUAACAAGCACACAGGUAAACAAGGAGGUCCGAUGCAAGAGCAACUAUGAACACCAGGCUAUUCCAAGCUGAGCUAGCUUUUUUAUAAUAAUAUUGGUUGCCCCUGUUAUAACUAUAAACCAGGCUGGUCAUUCCCUAGGGAAAUUCUAUAUCAUUCAGAAUUUGUAUUUUUGUUUUUCUUCUUUUUUUCUUAUUACAUACUGUACAUUAGUGGAAUUGGAUGUCCCAGCACACCUGGCUGCUAGGGCACACUACUCUUGUAGCUCCACAAGCUUCAGGAUACCAUGACAGCCAUGUACAUUUUGUUUCAUGCGUUUCUCAGGGAACCAAUUUCUUUCCCUGCAUUAUAUACAUUAUUUUGACAACUCUGAGCAGCCUAUGUAAUGUUUGCUCUGCAUAUUUAAACUACUGAUUUGGGAUGUCUCUGGCAACUCAUUGUCACUGUCUUUAUAAUUCUUUAAUGGGUACGUCUGUCUCAUGUUGCCAAGAAUUAUGUUCUCAAAGCCCAAAUUUUAGUGGUAUUUUAUGGAUAUUUGUCAAGAUUUUAUAUGUAAAUUCAUGAUAGAUAAGAUAAGGGAGUUUAAUCCAGUUUAUAAUGAAUGACAUCAUCAGUUUACAUAGAUGUCAGACACUCAGGAGCAUUAAACAGGAGUUAUACAUAUUGGGAUAAAUACUAUAUUCAUUGUGCCAGCAUAUACUGUAACCUUUUCACAAUUUCCUGCCUUUAAUGUCACAGGACACGAAAACCUAUUAUUAUCUUUAGUGACCUUAUCCAUUUUUAAACCUUGUCAUAUUUAAUAAAAUAUGAUUGUAUAUUGCUAUCAUUGCGAAGAAUGCUAUACACUGUAUGUUACUAUGUUUUUCUGCUUCAUUGGAGUGUAAACAACCAUAACGAUUUGCAUUUUUCUAUUUAAAAUAAAUGUCAAUUAUUCUAGAAAUGGCAUUAAAACUGCUUUGAUGCAUUAUAAUGUUAUAUCCUGAAUGUCAUUUCAAUUUAAGCUGGCUUUGUUAGCCCAACGUUUACAAACUGUAGUCUUAAAAAUUAAUGCUGCUGUAUUUGAAGAUUUAUAAAUUACUGGAGCUUUUGUUAAAGCAGUGUGUAUAUAUAGUAUGUAUGAAUACAUAAAAAUAAACUUGCAUUGCAGAA